AUGGCCCUUGUAGCUGCUUCCUCCUCUUCCUCUGCUCAAUCCCUCCCCAAAAAUUAUGAUGUUUUCAUCAACUUUAGGGGUGAGGACACUCACUUCAACUUCACUAGCCAUCUUCACGAUGCUUUCUGCAGAAAACACAUCAGAACCUACAUAGACUACCAGCUUCCCAAAGGAGAUGAGAUCUCACCAGCACUUCUGCAAGCAAUCGAUGAUUCCUAUGUAUCUGUGGUGGUCUUCUCUCAAAAUUAUGCUUCUUCCAGGUGGUGCUUGAACGAACUCGCCCAUAUACUCCAUUGCAAGAGGGUUCAAGGCCAGAUUGUUAUUCCUAUCUUCUAUAAAGUGGAUCCAUCUCAUGUACGCAAUCAGACUGACACUUACAAGCAAGCAUUUGAGAGGAAUUUCAAGGGCAGGCAAGACGAGAUCAAAAUGUGGAAGCAAUCUCUCAAUGAAGCUGUAAACUUAGCUGGUUAUGACUCUCACACAUUUGGGUGA